CUCCGUUCCUCGUUAUCUCUCAUCCAGUAUGGCUCGUUUAAUAAGAGGAAUGUACUUUUGUUUUUAGGCGACAUUCAUCGUCUCAGCUGCUUCUGUUGGUAAACACAAGUGACUCAAAAACAGCUGUUAUCAUCGCUGCAGCCAGCUGAUGAUUGCAGAGCUUUCGUUGACGUCCCCCCAAGAAGAAAGUGAGUAACCAUGGCUGAACAAGACAUGUGUCCCCACCUGGACACCAUAGGAGAGGUUACCAAAGAGGACCUCCUCCAGAAAUCCAAGGGAACUUGCCAGUCAUGCGGAGCAGGAGGCCCAAACCUCUGGGCCUGUCUGCAGAAUGACUGCCCAUAUGUUGGUUGUGGAGAGUCCUACUCUGAUCACAGCACUCUACACGCACAGGCUAAAAAGCAUAAUCUGACAGUGAACCUGACAACAUUCAGGAUCUGGUGUUAUGUGUGUGAGCGGGAGGUGUUCCUGGAGCAGAGGCCUGCCCUGGUGCCCGUCCCUGCUGCGCCGCACCACUGCAAAGCCACAGAGCAUGAAGCAACGCCUCAGCCAGUAGGUCACCCACUUAAAGCAGUACCAAUUGCUGUGGCAGAAGAGGAAGGUUCAGAGUCAGAGGAAGAUGAACUCAAACCAAGAGGUUUGACAGGAAUGAAAAAUAUUGGAAACUCCUGCUACAUGAACGCAGCUCUUCAAGCUCUGUCUAACUGUCCUCCUCUCACUCAGUUCUUCUUGGACUGCAGUGGAUUGGUUCGCACCGAUAAAAAGCCGGCUCUCUGUAAGAGCUACCAGAAACUCAUCUCAGAACUCUGGCAUAAAAAACGGCCCAGCUAUGUCGUUCCUACCAGUCUGUCACAUGGCAUCAAACUAGUAAACCCCAUGUUUCGUGGUUACGCUCAGCAGGUAGGGGCAAGUACCCAGCAGGACACCCAGGAGUUCCUGCGCUGUCUGAUGGACCAGCUGCAUGAGGAGCUCAAGGAGCCUCUGACAGAGUGCAACAUGAGCGGGGAUGGAAGCGAUGGGGAGGAAAGAGGAGAUGGAGAGCGCUCCCCGUCUGAGGACGAAUUCCUAUCAUGCGACUCUGGCUCCAGCAGCGACCGGGGAGAGAUAGGAGGCUUGGGGGAAGGUGAGCUACUCGUGCAGGAUGAGUGUGAUGGAGUCAGGUUACCGGCGGGGGGAAUCGUGGGUGUCAGUCCAGCUGGGGUGAUUUCGGAGAAGGAGAGGCUGAAGGAGAGGCGGGUGUCUGGCUCGCCUCUCCGUGGAGGUUCACAAGAGAUGGAUGAGGAUGCAGAUGUGGAUACAGCAGCGGAUGAGGGGGCUCCUGAGAGAGCAGUGGAAGAGGAAUGCACAUCAACCCCAAACACUGAGGUCCAAAGCCAAGAGAACAACCAGUCAUCUAAUACAGAGCAAGUGCAAGGCGAUGGGAGCCACAUCUCAGUGCCAGACAAUGAAGCGUCAAUGACCCAGCCACAGUCCACUCCCUGCAGUCCUGUGAGAACCCUUCAGGAGCUGCAUCCCAAACUGUCCUCGAGUCCGCCUCGUUCGAGCCCACUCCGCUCUGCAGGACCCGCAUACUCCUUCAAGAAAGCUCAGCUGCUGCUCACUUCUAGGAAGAAGAAACAGUCUCACUAUCGCAGCGUGAUCUCGGACAUCUUCGAUGGCUCCAUUCUCAGUCUGGUCCAGUGUUUAACCUGCGACAGGGUCUCUACUACAGUGGAAACCUUCCAGGACUUGUCCCUCCCUAUUCCUGGAAAAGAGGACUUGGCCAAGCUCCAUUCUUCCAUCCAUCAAAACCUACCAGUCAAAACCGGCGUGUGUCCAGACACUUACGGCUCGCAAGGAUGGAUCUCCUACAUCAUGGACUCCAUACGCCGGUUUGUAGUCUCAUGUAUCCCCACUUGGUUUUGGGGGCCCAUGGUAACCCUAGAGGACUGCCUCGCUGCCUUCUUUGCUGCAGAUGAACUUAAAGGAGACAACAUGUACAGCUGUGAGAGAUGUAAAAAGUUGAGAAAUGGUGUCAAAUAUUGCAAAGUGCUUAGACUGCCUGAGAUUUUGUGCAUUCAUCUGAAACGUUUCCGGCACGAAGUUAUGUACUCCUUCAAGAUUAGCAGCCAUGUGUCCUUCCCACUGGAGGGCCUGGACAUGCGACCUUUCCUGGCUAAAGAGAGUCCAUCCCAAGUCACCACUUACGAUCUGCUGUCAGUCAUUUGCCACCAUGGAACAGCAGGAAGUGGACACUACAUAGCUUAUUGUCAGAAUGUGAUCAAUGGCCAAUGGUAUGAAUUUGAUGACCAGUAUGUCACAGAAGUCCAUGAGACAGUGGUGCAGAAUGCAGAAGCCUAUGUGUUGUUCUAUAGGAAAAGCAGUGAGGAGUCAGUGAGAGAGAGGCAGAAGGUGGUAGCUCUGGCCAAUAUGAAGGAGCCCAGCCUGCUACAGUUUUACAUUUCCAGAGAGUGGCUCAACAAGUUCAACACAUUUGCUGAACCAGGCCCCAUCAGCAACCAUACAUUUCUUUGUCAGCAUGGAGGGAUCCCCCCUAACAAAUACCACUACAUAGACGACCUGGUUGUGAUAGUUCCCCAGAAUGUUUGGGAGUACCUCUACAACAGUUUUGGGGGUGGCCCUGCAGUCAACCACCUGUAUAUGUGCGCCAUCUGCCAGGUGGAGAUUGAAGCUCUGGCUAAACGCAGGAAAACAGAAAUAGACACUUUCAUCAAGCUGAACAAAGAGUUUCAGGCUGAGGAGGCUCCGACAGUGAUCCUGUGUAUCAGCAUGCAGUGGUUCAGAGAGUGGGAGAGCUUUGUUAAGGGCAAAGACAACGAGCCCCCUGGUCCCAUUGACAACAGCAAAAUUGGUGUUAUGAAAGGAGGACACAUACAACUCAAGCAAGGUGCAGACUAUGGUCAGAUCUCAGAGGAGACAUGGCAGUACUUGUUGGGUAUUUAUAGUGGAGGCCCUGAGAUUGCAGUGAGACAGACUGUGGCCCCGGCUGACCCUGACAGUCUCCACGGCGAGAGGAAGAUUGAGGCAGAGACUAGAGCGCUUUGAGAUAAAGAGAGGUCUUCUGAUUUCCAACCCCUGCCCUCACAGGAAGCUGAGGAAUUUGCACCGUGGCGACGAAGCCUCAUUGUGAGCACUUUGUAAAUGUAGCAACGCAUUAUACUGAAGCCUUGACGCAAGAGGAUGAAAUGACACAGCAGACUGGUAACCCAGAGUGUGUUGUGCAAGUUUAAACAGCUCCUCACAUCGCCAUUGAAAUCAGCAAAAAUGCAGAUUUGCUCAGAGCAUUUUUGAGCGACUGCACACUGUGGAAUCGAUCACCUUGCUUAUAAUAACGCCACCUGCUAAAGACUUUAAAGUCAAAAGUCGGGUCUGUUUAUAAAUCUUUUUUUUACUUUGUGUCUGUUAGUUGUUUUUUUGUCAGGUGAUUUUCAACAAAAUAAUCCCUGUCAGCUGUUUAGGUUAUAAUAAUUUGAGUGAAUACUUAAUCCCUUACAAAGUAGUUUAAUUUUUUGCUGUUUCAAUCUGAAUAUCACUUUACAUUUAAUGUGAUGUAUUUAUGUAGAUCCUUAAUCUCAUUUUAGAGUGCAGCAAAUAAAUCAAGAAGUCUCCCAUGUCAUUGUAGAUAAAUCACAUACUUGCCUUUUUUAUUGUACAGAUCUGCAGAGGUUUGCCUCCAUAUUUUUAAGCAGUUGAAACCUAGCAUUGUCACCCCUGGUAAAUGCAUGAUACUGAUGAUGCCUCUCUAUCACCCUUUAUAGUCUAAUUUAAUUAUAAUUAAAAAGAAAAAAAUACCAAUUUUGAAAACCAAACCCAGGAAAAUAAAAGAUAUUAAUGAUUUUUCUGUGUUUUUUUUCUAUGUUUGGAUAGCACAAUUCAUUUUAACCAUUUACCAAACCAAAAAAAUAAUAAGACGGUAUUAAAUAAAUGAACAUUUUAUUUUACGAUCCUGUCUUAAAACAACCACUGAAUCUACAGUCAAUUUCACUUUAUUGUGUGGUAACAGGUGAUACAUUUUUAAAUCUUUAUGUUUAUCAAUAAUAAAUCAUUUAAAUAGUUAUUCUAAUUAUUUGAUUGGCACAGACAAACCUCCAGAUGUAGGAGAUAAAUAUUACUGCUCAGCUAUUCCACUAAACCGCAUCAAGACGUGUUAGUAAAUACAAAGGAGUGUCAGAAACAUCUUGAAGCCUAUUUGUGUACAGGAAACUAAAGUUACAAUGCCAAAUGACUGAAAAUAAGAAUGAAUGUUGUUGUUGUUGUUGCUUGGCUUUUAUUUUGUAGGUGCCAUGCAGUAUUCACACAGAAGGACAGUACAUCUUACCUUCAGCUUUGUUUUUUUUACUUAGCGUUUUUUUCACCGCAUUUAGUUUGACUUGUUAUGGCAGGAGAUGAUCCCUCCACUCACUUUAAAUGUCUCAGUGCUGUGCGUGAUGUUAGUUAAAAAAACAUGCUUAUUAGUGGAGGAGAACCUAAAGGCAGCCGAGCUGUAAUUUUCCCAGUAUGACCUGUCAAAAUGUCAGCCCUGUCUGUGGAAAUUUUGGACCAUUGUAGUAAUUCAAGUCUCCCUGUUUUGUUAGUUUUCAUGUCCAAAGAGCAAUCAAUCAUUUUUUUAUGAAGGAGAAGGAGAGGACUCUUGAUUUGUCCAAUUGUCUGUUUUGCUGUGUUUUUUUCCUCUCACACACACAUCAAGACUGUGUCUACAAGAGAUCAUAUUAAUACUAUAAGGAUGUCUGUGCUAUGUUUAGCUACUUUUUGGGGGGCGUAAGUGCAAUGAUCUUUGUGCAAUUCAAGCUGUAUCAUCAAAGAUAUACUGGACGGCUAUCGGACACCUACUGGUGAACAGCUGACAGUACAGAAUGGGGCAGUGCAUCAUAUUAUAUUGCAGUGUUAAGAAAUGUCGAGUGGUAAUUACUUAAUUAUCCCCACCUGUGAGUUUAUGUUUGCUUGUGUUACAGCGCGUAGCUAUGCGUGAGAGAUUCCCAUUUCAUUUUUCAGUGGAAAAAGACGAGGGUUGCUUUGGUUGGACAGAAUCGUCAGUAGUAUCGUGACACGCUGCAGAAUGCAGAACAGGAUUUCACUGACUCUUGUUUUUCCAAAGUUUUACAGUGUGGCUGUUGUGGUCAUGAUAAUGUUGAUGUUUUGAGAACAUGGGAUUUAAGUGGUUGACCUCAAUUCAAUGGGAUGUCUUAAUGUCUGUAUAACUGAUGUAAUUACUCAUGACUGGUGAAA